AUGUUGAAAAAGAUUUGUCUUGCGGCAUCCCUGGCUGCUAUCGCAGGUGCGGUGGUUAGUCCGCAUAUGCUGGAUUCGGAUAUUUCGAUUCUUAUUCAUAAUGACCUGCAAGAAAAAGAAAGCCCCUGGGCUGGAUCAGGAAUCCUGGUUCUGGAUGCAAUGUCUUUACAGGAAGCGAACAAGAGCUGUGAAAGCCUUGGCGAGGCCAUUUGGUCAGUGGAUGCUGGUUAUUCAGCCAUUGAAUACAAUUUGGACUAUAUCAGCUUCCAAGGGAAAUUUUUAGCAGGUUCCAGUCAACGAUACUGGAUUGCCCCUGUCCACGGCACACCGUCGACUAUUGAUGCCAAUGGCCGAGUCAAAAAAGCUUCCCCCAAAGAACCUCUACCAGUUCUCUGCACCCAAAAUGCUCCAUAUUCGUCGACUAGCUCUCAAGAUACGAGCCCGAAAUGGCAGGUAUCCGUCCAUUCGAACAACGAGCAAAUCACUGGAUAUCGCGAUCGCCUGAGUUUCCGCUUCCUCGGGAUUCGAUACGCAAGUCUAACAAAGAGAUGGACAUAUUCGAAAUUGUACGAAGGGGCCGGUCCUAACGUCUCGGCCUUGAAUCUUGGAUCGACAUGUCUAGGAGCCUCGACUGGGUCGUCGGAAGACUGCUUCUUUCUCAACGUCUGGACACCAUACCUUCCAAACCCAAAAAAAUUAUCCAAGAAGGAUCUAAAGCCAGUUAUGUUCUGGAUCCACGGUGGCGCAUUUACAGGCGGAUCAGGUGGCGACUCUCUCUUCGAUGGGAGCAAUCUUGCAUCGAGAGGUGACGUCGUGGUAGUCACCAUAAACUACCGUCUAGGUACACUUGGCUUCCUAGCCCUGGAUGAUGGGGAAACGAACGGAAAUUAUGGACUCGCAGAUCAAAUUACCGCGCUGGAGUGGGUGCGACGAAAUAUCCAGGACUUUGGCGGCGACCCUGAUCGGAUUACUAUCUUCGGUCAGUCGGCUGGUGCUGGAUCGGUAAGGGCGCUGUUGGCUUCUCCCCGGGCUCGAGGCAAAUUUGCCAGUGCUAUUAUGCAGAGCAACCUAGGUGGAUUAGGUUAUGGGACGACAUACUCGAAGUAUUACACCAUUGAGGAGGAAAUGGAGGCCGCAGGAAAGAAUGUACUGGCAUUGACGAAUUGCACGGAUGCUGAGUCGCGAGUUGAAUGCCUACGAGCAGUGCCUGCGAAGACAGUCUCAGAUCUGGAUACAACCGCGAGAUAUCUCGUUGUCGAUGGAAAGUAUCUGACAUCGUCGGAAUUGGACUUGACGAACAGCGCCGAGACUGCAAAUGUGCCUCUUAUGGUCGGGACCACUCGAGAUGACGGUGCGGCAUUAAUCGGAUACCCUACAGCUGGCGAGACGAUACAGAAAUUCUUGAAUGAAUCCGGUAUGCCGUCGAUUGCCCCAAGCUCCAUUUUCCCAGUCCCAUCUACGUCAAACAGAACACUCGACAUCUUCAACGCAACAGCUCGAGUCGCGACCGACGGCAUUUUCCGCUGCAUCGACCAGGUUACCGCAUACGACGGCUUCAAAAAUAAGAUAUUUCCAGAAAUAUUCUACUACGAGUUCAAUCGGACAUACCAGACACCCGGCUGGUCUCCGAACUCACCAGUAUGCGAGGCGCCAAUCACCCCAGACUACCCGCACGGCGAUCCGAACCAGGAAUACUUCAAAUGUCACUCCGGUGACCUAUAUUACGUUUUCGGGAAUUUGCUACGUGAUGGAAUUCCUAUGCGCGAUGAACUUGAUUUGCCAUUUGAGCAGUACGUGGUGGAUUUGUGGUCUAGCUUUUCUCGGACCGGACGGCCGACGCCUGAUUUGGGGUUCCUCAAGGCGAGGGGGUACGUGAAUACCACGCGACAAGUUGAAGUGGCGGGACAGUGGAAGCCUUUCAGACAUGGGGAAUAUCGAAUGCAUCUGCUGCAAUCUUCUUCGAAAAUGGUGGAUUUGGGUGAACGAGAGCAAUGUGAGGCUCUGAAGCUGCCUUUGUCGUACUAUAGCGCUUAG